AUGUCGCGCGGGCCAGUGCUUCCGGUUGGGCUACAGCGUGAGCUGGGCUUGGAAUCACAACAAAGUAGGAGAGGCAAUGGUGUGCGGACGCGGAAAGAAGAAAGGCGGGCUGGGAGGGUUGAGAAACGGCAGCAGCCUGUGAUGCAGCAGCGGAGGCAGGGCGGCCUUGGAGGCGUCGGAAUCAGUGACGCAUCUGCCAAAGAAGAGGCAACCAACAUUCGAACAACGGCGAAGAGACCCAAAGUCGACGCGAAAGCAGCAUCGUCGCGAAGACCACAGCCGCACGAAAGCGACUCAGAAGACAGUUAUGAGGAUGAGGGCGACGGCGACGUAGAAGAGGACGACGACGUGGAGCAGGAGCAGGAACAGCAAAGCGAUGAGGACGUAUAUGAACGACUGUAUCGUGGCUCCUCCCCCGAAGUCGUCCUGGAUGCAAACUCGCGAUCGUACAAAGACCGGCAAGCAGAGGAGGAUGCCGAUGUGGCUGCCCUUGAGAAGAAGCUAGGUCUUCGAGGGAAGAAGAGGAAGGGUCCCGACGAUGACGGACUCGCAAAUAUAUUGGGUGAUUUCGACGAGGGCGACAAGGACUCACGGACCCAGCACGAAAGCGUCGAGUGGUUGAGGAGCAAGCGUCAGAAAGCUCUGCAGCGGCAAGAGGAGAGUGACGAAGACGAGUCCGACGACGAGUCCGACAAUGAAGAAGGCUCGGAAGGCGUUCCUCUACAGGAAGACUUUGAGGGCUUCGAGUCAGACGAAGCCGACGAGCCACUUCAGGAGGACAUCGCUAAGAGGGUGCGCGAGAACCCCUAUGUUGCACCAGUCUCAUCUACGGCCAAGUAUGUCCCGCCUUCAUUGCGGAAAGCACAAUCCGAGUCCAGUGAAGCAACACUGCGCCUACGACGUCAGCUCCAAGGUCACCUCAACAAGCUCUCCGAGGCCAACUUGAUCUCUAUCGUGACAGAAGUUGAAAGCAUGUACCGGACGAAUGCACGCGGUGAUGUCACCAACAUCCUCAUCGACUUGCUGCUGAAUCUAUUCACGACGCCUUCUACACUGAGCAAUACCUUCAUCAUCCUACACGCCGCAUUUGCCACUGCACUGUACAGGCUGAUCGGCGUCGACUUUGGCGCCCAACUCAUCUCAUCGCUGGUUGACCGCUUCCUGGACCAUCACCAGAACACCACUACCGCCACUACAACACCCAAAGAGCCGUUAAAUCUGCUGUCUUGGCUCUCCUAUCUUUUCACGUUCUCUCUGGUUGCCUCGCCACUAAUUACAUCAUUGAUUUCCCGCCUGCUCGAACCACUGACGGAGACGAAUGCUGAGCUUCUGCUGCGGAUCAUCCGCGACUGCGGCCCCCAACUCCGAUCCACAGAUCCAACCGCCCUGAAGACUAUCGUCUUUCGGACUUCAGCAGCAGUGGAAAAGCUGCAAGCCGGAGGACAGACUAUCAGUGUUCGCACGAAGUUCAUGCUCGAGACCAUUAAGGACCUCAAGAACAACAAGCUUCGCCAUUCGACCGCAGACGUAGGCGCAAGCAGAGAACAUAUUACACGAAUGAAAAAGGCCCUCGGGUCAAUGUCGAACAGGACGUUACGUGCGACUGAGCCUCUUCGGAUCGAUCUCUCAGACAUCCUCGACAGUGACCGCAAAGGCAAGUGGUGGCUUGUCGGCGCCAGCUGGAAGGGUCACGAUGCAGAUGCGCCGCCCAUGGGUCAGCUCACCGAGCAGGCCGACGUCUCGAUACCUGCUCUAGCAUCCUCUCUGCGACUCAACACUCCGCUCCAGCACACAAUCCUAUCCGCAAUCGCCAAUUCGCUAUCUGGGACCAUGGCCCACGAACAUAUUAUCAAGCUGAAUCUCAAGAAUGCACAAAUUCCGGAGAUCCCGGUCGUCGUCUUGCGCUGUUGUGCGGCCGAGCCAGAUUGGAAUCCAUUUUACGCUCAGCUUGCUACGCGUCUUUGCGUCUAUGGUUCUAAGGCCGCCCGAAUAUGCAAGGCUUGGCAGUUUGCUGUUUGGGGCUAUCUGCGGAAUGGCCUAGACGAGAUAACUACUCCUGAUGACGACGAGGCAGGAGGUGGGUUGACGAGCAUGGCUGCCCUUAGCAAUACCGCUCGACUGACUGCGGCUCUCAUUCAUGCUGGACAUCUCUCGUUGAGUGUGCUCCGGACUGUCGACUUGCAUCUCUUGAAGGACGACUCGAAGGCCCAAUUGUGGGUAGAACUGCUGCUGGUGCAGCUCCUCGUGUUGUGCAAAGGCGACGAGGCCAUGAUUGGGAGAAUCUUCAAGAAGCUCGACGCUACGCCACAGGUGGUGCCCAGGCUGAGGGUGUUUAUGAGGAAGUAUGUGAAGUCUGGUGAUUUGGCGGAGGACAAGGAGGGAAAGAGACUGGUCAAGUUCACCAAAGCCAUGGGCGCAACUUCUGCAUUCGAAGCCGUGACGGGAGCAUGCUUUGCGGCCAGCGGCAGCUAUACGCUGUCUCGUACUACCUACUUCACGACCAUAAGCGGCUACAGCCCUUUGCCCUCCACCUGUGUACCUGUUCAGCACGCCCGCAAACCCAUUUCGUCCGCAGCGAAUGCAAAAGCGCAAAAAGAACUUCAGAUCUGGCGGCACCCUGCAUCGAACAAGGAUCUCCCUCUGUAA